AUGGAGAGUCAUAUGAAUGACACAGUAGAGGUUGUGGUUGAAGAGAGGGCACCAGACAAAGAUAUAGAAAAGAAUACAAGUGUUGAAGAGGAAAGUUCAAUGAGCAUUGAAGACAAUGAGAGAUCAGUCAGAGAAGAUCCAACAUAUAUUGCAAGCGAUUCGUCAAGUGAUCAGGAUGACGAAUAUAGUGAGUGCUUAAUAACAGAUGACAGUUUGGUUGCUACUCAGAAUGAUGCUGUCAUUCAAGAAAAGAAGCGAGUUCGUCGUGUACCAGAGAGAUGA